UGAAUGCGAUUGGUCGACAGCUUGCUGGGCAUAAGCAUUUUGCGUUUUUCUAUUUAUUCACCAAAUACAUUCCGAUAUCCAGUCUUUAAUUAGAUUAAUAUCCCCCUUUUCUAAUAUUGCUUGUUGAUAAUAUGACUUGAUUGGGUCCCACAGAGCUACUCAAAUGUAGUUCCGCCUUCACAAACGACUUUUAUUUCUUUUCAUAGCUGAUUGGCUCUAUGGAUUCAGACGAAGCACUUACUUUUUUCUGAUUGGUUCGCUAAACCCACCCAGCAGUUCCUCGGCUGAUUCAUAAAAGAACUUACGCAACUCUUGGGUGUUUCUCCUACCGUCUGUUUCUGUCUCAAGUCUGGAUGCUCCAGCCCCUGCCCAGACUGAGUAGAGCGGCGGUGCGCCUUAGGAGAGUGGCUGCCCAGGUCACCACGGCAACCAUGGCCCAGAACCACCAGAGCUGUCAUACUUCCUGUCAAGAAAAGGGAGGUGCUGUCACAGCAGCCAUCCUCAUCAUCGGAGACGAGAUACUCAAGGGUCACACGGUGGACACAAACAGUCUCUUCCUGUCGCGAGCAUUAAGGAAGCUGGGAGUGUGUGUCCAGCGCAUCACGGUCAUCCCUGACCAGCAGGAGGUCAUCGCUAAGGAGGUGGCCCUCUUGGCCCCCCGGUUCACACACCUGCUGACCUCGGGGGGGAUAGGCCCGACGCACGACGACGUCACCUUUGAGAGCGUUGCUAUGGCCUUCGAGGAGGAGCUGCAUGCCCACCCUGAGCUCACGCAGUUGGUGGAGGAGUUCUUUGGCAUGGUGGAUAAGGAGAGUGCAGCCAUGAAGCUAGCCAUGGUUCCCCGCUCAGCCAAACUCAACUACGGGAUUGACCCUCAGACUGGACAUCCACUUCGCUACCCACUGGUGAGUGUGCGUAAUGUCUAUAUCUUCCCUGGGAUCCCGUCUCUGUUGGAGAGGGCCUUCAACAGCCUGGAGCACCUGUUCGCUGGCUCAGGGACCACCUUCCACUCACGUGAGGUCUUUGUGGACGCAGACGAGGCAUUGAUUGCCCCAGUGUUGACACGUCUGCAGGCGGGCUGGGGUCGGAGGGUGUCUCUAGGCUCCUACCCUGACUGGCUCAGUAACUACCACCGCGUCCGCCUGGUGCUGGACUCGGACAGUUCUGAGGAGGUGGAGAAGGCCCGGGCUCAGCUCCUGGAGGUGUUACCCAAAGGAAGUGUGGUUCCCCUCAUCACUGACCCUGUGUCCAUCGCUACUGAGGAGGUUUACACACUGGCCAACAGUGGGACGCCGCUGGGUGAUAAAGUGGCAAAUGCACUGAAGACGAUAGAGACUGGUCUGGAUCAGUAUUCGGCCAGGGAGAUUUGUGUUGGCUUCAACGGAGGCAAAGACUGCACUGCACUGCUACAUCUGUACUACGCUGCUCUGAAACGGCGGUAUCCAGAGGGUAAAGACAAGGUAAAGGCUUUGUACAUUCGCAUCGUCUCUCCUUUCCCAGAAAUGGAGAGGUUCCUCCAGGACACAAUAAAGAGGUAUGACCUGGAGAUUUUCUCAGUGGAGGGCAGCAUUCGACAAGCAUUAAGCGAGGUGCAGGAGAGGAGGCCGGAGCUGAAAGCUGUGUGUAUGGGCACCAGAAGGAGUGACCCCUACUCUCACACACUCACGCCUAUGUGUCUCACUGACCCUGGAUGGCCUGAAUACAUGAGGGUUAACCCCCUGCUGGACUGGACGUAUCAUGAUAUCUGGUCAUUCCUGAGGACUCUGUAUGUGCCGUACUGCAUUCUCUAUGAUAAAGGUUAUACCUCAUUGGGCAGCAUGGACAACACUUGCCGAAACCCCGCCCUCCAAAUUGUGGAUGAUAGGGGUGUGACCCGCUAUAGACCCGCCUACUGUCUGGAGAAUGAGGAAAUGGAGCGCAACUCACGUGAAUGAGGAUGUCACUUUCCUGUUUAUGGCAUCAUAUCCUGACCUUUUACCCGCCCCGUCUGAUUAGGGUACUAUGUAAGAGCUGUCUAUAGGCACAGGUCUAGGAUCAGCAUGACCUCCUUUAAUCCCACCCUGAACCAUUAGACCAAUGUUUCUCAACCCUCCUCCUGGAGACACCCCUGCCCUCCAUGUUUUAGAUCUCUUCCUGCCCUCACACACCUGAUGUAGCUCACCCAGGACAUGAUAAUGAGCUGAUCAUUUGAAUCAGGUGUGACAGAUCAGGGAGAAAUCUAAAACAUGCAGGGCGUGGUGCCUCCAGGAGCAGGGUGGAGAAACACUGCAUUAGACAGAACUGUGAGUGUCUAAAGGCAACUCCAUCAUAGGACAGAAGGGGAUGAAGGCCGGAGUGAAGAGAUUGAAGAGAAAUAUGAGGCCGAUGUGAAGAAACAUUAGAUGUUAAGAAACAAAGAACAAGAGACUUACCCGCAUGGGAAGGUUGAAGGAGUGUGUGUGUGUGUGUGUGUGUGUGUGUGUGUGUGUGUGUGUGUGUGUGUGUGUGUGUGUGUGUGUGU